AUGGUAUUUGAUGGCCUGGGUGACGUCCCCGAAAAAUUCGACUGGCGGGAACUUGGAGCAGUCGGUCCCAUUCAGGAUCAGGGUGACUGUGGUUCUUGCUGGGCAUUUUCUACCAUAGGAAAUAUUGAAGGGCAGUGGUUUAAAAAGACCGGGCAGCUUCUCACAUUGAGUGAACAGCAACUGAUAGACUGUGAUUCCGUAGACGAUGGCUGUGGUGGCGGGUAUCCUCCGGACACCUAUGGUGACAUUGUCAAAAUGGGUGGCCUUGAACUCAACGCCGACUAUCCGUACACCGCAGCCGACGGUGUGUGCAAGAUGGACCGGUCAAAGUUCAAGGCUUACGUCAAUAAAUCCCUGGUCCUGCCAACCAAAGAAAAUCAGCAGGCUGUGUGGCUUGCGAAGAACGGUCCACUGAGUGCAGGCAUCAAUGCGGACUACCUCCAGGUAGUAACCUUGUUUUAUGAACGUUUUUUCUAUAUCUCCGGUGUGAUGCAUCCAACUCACUCUGAAUGCCCCCCAUCUGGUUUGAAUCAUGCCGUGUUGUCCGUUGGAUUCGGAAGUGAACACAAUGUGCCCUACUGGAUCGUCCGAAAUAGUUGGGGAAAGAACUGGGGAGAGAAAGUAAGACAAACAAAAACUAAUGAUGCUGGGUGA